UGAUGGUGUGAGGUCACAGUCUCGCGAGAUGAGACGUGUGAUGCCUGGGUUAGCUCUCCGGCACAAGCCAAGGAGCUGGACAUUAACGGGGCUGCGGGAUCUUUAAACAGCGAUCGGGGACCGUAGGCAGCGUAAAGAAAAACGGGACUGUCCCGCGAAUAGCGGGUCUAUUGGGCGGCUGCUAUGCUGGAAAGCACUCCGCAAUUGGCAUUAUAGGAUGCUAGCCAUUCCGCAUCUUGUACCCCACCAGACCUCAAAAGUAACUGCAGGAUAUCUUACCCUGUGUGAGGCCAAAGUUGUGAUUGGAUAAACAUCAAACCACCCACAUUCUACUGAGCUUCUCUGUUGCAAAUGACAGGCUGAUCAAGACCAAGAUGUCUUCUGAAUGUUUCAACUUAGUUGCACAAUCAAGGUUUGAUUCCAAAUGGCUGAAGACGGACCUGCAGCUUGCUUUCACAAGAGAUGGCUUUUGCAGCCUGUGGAAUGAAAUGGUAAAAGAUGGAGAAAUAGUUUACACUGGAACAGAUGCUACACAAACUGGAGACCUUCCAUCUAGAAAAGAUGAAAUCAAUGAAGCCCAGAGCAGUUCCAAGAAAGAGGAUCAGAAUGAUAAAGAGAAAAAAGAAGAUGAUGAAAUUCUAGCACCAAAUUACAAGGCCAAAACUAUCAUGGAGAGUUGGGUGUGGGGAAGGCAACCAGAUGUGAAUGAGCUGAAGGAAUGUCUCUAUACCCUUGUAAAGGAACAACAAUUGCUAGCAGCUCAGACUGCCAAAACCACUCUUUCUGCCAUGAGGAUGAAACAGAGACUUGUCAUUCUGGAACGAUACUUUAUUGCACUUAACAGGACUGUUUUUCAGGACACUGUUAAAGUGAAGUGGAAAAGUAGCAGUGUACCUCAGCCUUCUGCUGAAAAGAAAAGUGAGGAUAUGUUUCAUGUACACAGUUCCCGUCCUGUUGGCCAGGGGGUUGAAGGACUUGCCAGGGUUGGCUCCAGAGCUGCGCUAUCAUUUGCAUUUGCCUUUCUACGUAGAGCAUGGAGAUCCGGUGAGGAUGCAGACCUAUGUAGUGAAUUGUUACAAGAAUCCCUUGAUGCACUUAGAGCACUUCCAGAGGCCACGCUCUUUGAUGAAGGCACUGUAUCUUCUGUGUGGCUUGAAGUUGUGGAAAGGGCUACCAAAUUUUUAAGGUCUGUUACAGGGGAUGUGCAUAGUACUCAGAGCCCUAGAAGUCCAGGCAACAUUCCACUGCAGGACCAGCACCUGGCACUUGCAAUUUUACUAGAGCUGGCUGUACAGAGGGGAACCCUAAGCCAAAUGUUAUCUGCUGUUAUGCUUCUGUUGCAACUGUGGGAAAGUGGAACAAAAGAAACUGAUAAUGAGAGAUCUGCACAGGGAACCAGUGCACCACUCCUUCCUUUAUUACAAAGGUUUCAGAGUAUUGUAUGUAAUAAAGAAAUCCAUAACAUGGAGAAAGAAAUGCAGAUUCUUUCUUGUCAGCUGAGUCCAAAUGAAAACUUUCUUAGGUAUCUGAUCUUGCCUCAGGACAAUGAGUUAGCUAUUGAUCUUCGGCAAACAGCUGUAGUGAUCAUGGCUCACCUGGACCGCUUGGCUGCACCUUGCAUGCCUCCUCAGUGCAGCUCACCAACCUCACAUAAGGGUGCGCUACAGGAGGUUAUCAGCUGGGGUUUGCUAGGAUGGAAGUAUUAUGCUAAUGUGAGUGGUCCCAUUCAAUGUGAAGCACUUGCUAAUCUUGGAGUUACACAGGUAGCUUGUGCAGAAAAAUGCUUCCUAAUACUCUCCAGAAAUGGCAAACUAUACACUCAAGCUUACAACAAUAAUACCCUGGGACCACAGCUGGUACAGGGUCUUGCAUCCCGAAAUAUUGUGAAGAUUGCUGCACACCCUGACGGGCAGCAUUAUUUGGCCUUAUCUGCAACUAGUGAACUUUUUUCAUGGGGUUGUGGUGAUGGUGGAAGAUUAGGCCAUGGGGACACUGUAUCAUUGGAAGAACCAAAGCUAGUAUCUGCUUUGAGUGGGAAGCAGACUGGAAAGCAAGUGAUUCAUAUUGCAUGUGGGAGCACUUACAGUGCAGCUAUCACAGCUGAUGGAGAACUAUAUACAUGGGGUCGUGGCAAUUAUGGAAGACUAGGACAUGGUUCUAGUGAGGAUCAGACAGUUCCAAUGUUGGUGACAGGAUUGAAGGGUCUAAAAGUUGUUGAUGUAUCCUGUGGUAGUGGAGAUGCUCAGACUCUUUCAGUGACAGAGAAUGGGCAAGUAUGGUCUUGGGGUGAUGGAGACUAUGGAAAGUUAGGAAGAGGAGGUAGUGAUGGCUGCAAAACACCUAAACUAAUUGAAAAACUGCAAGAUCUUGAUAUUGUAAAGGUGCGCUGUGGCAGUCAGUUUUCCAUAGCAAUUACGAAGGAUGGCCAAGUUUAUUCUUGGGGUAAAGGAGACAAUCAGAGGCUGGGGCAUGGAACAGAAGAGCAUGUCCGGUAUCCCAAGAUCAUGAAUGGCUUACAGGGUAAGAAAGUAGUGGAUGUUGCAGUAGGAUCCACACAUUGUUUGGCUUUGACUGAAUCUGGGGAAGUUUAUAGUUGGGGGAGCAAUGAUCAAUGCCAGCAUUUUGACACUUUGCGUAUUGCCAAACCUGUACCAUCUGUGCUUCCGGGACUGGACUCUAAACACAUAGUUGGGAUCUCUUGUGGUCCUGCUCAGAGUUUUGCGUGGUCAUCCUGCUCUGAAUGGUCUAUUGGCCUCCGCGUUCCUUUUGUGGUCGAUGUUUGUCCCAUGACCUUUGAACAGCUUGACCUCCUGCUAAGACAAGUUAGUGAAGGAAUGGAUGGGACCUCAGACUGGCCACCUCCCCAAGAGAAGGAGUGCAUGGCAGUGGCAAUGCUUAACCUGCUUCGAUUACAGCUUCAUGCUGCAAUAAGCCAUCAAGCUGAUCCAGAAUGUUUGGGCCUUGGUCUAGGCAGUGUUUUGUUGAACAGUUUGAAGCAAACAGUUGUUACACUGGCAAGCAAUGCUGGAGUACUAAACACUGUGCAGUCAGCAGCCCAAGCAGUGUUACAGAGUGGAUGGUCUGUUCUAUUGCCAACAGCUGAAGAGAGAGCGAGGGCACUUUCAGCUCUCUUACCAAAUGCAGCUUCUGGAAACGAAAUGACUAUAAGUCCUGGUCGACGGUUUAUGAUUGAUUUGUUGGUGAGCAGUUUGAUGGCUGACGGUGGCUUGGAAUGUGCAUUGAACACCGCAAUAACAGCAGAAAUUCAGGACAUAGAAGCUAAAAAAGAAGCCCAGAAGGAGAAGGAAAUUGAUGAGCAGGAAGCAAAUGCAUCAUCACUUCACAUGAGCAGCACACCACUGGAUAAAGAUCUAAUCAAUGCAGGAAUCUAUGAGUCUGCAGGGAAGCAGACCUUGCCUCUGGUGCAACUUAUACAGCAGCUACUAAGGAACAUUGCUUCCCAAACAAUUGCUAAGUUGAAGGAUAUGGCACGACGCAUUUCAUCUUGUUUAGAACAGGAACAUUACAGUAAGGAGAGGUCAGCUUCCAUGGACCUUCUUUUACGUUUUCAAAGACUACUUAUCAGCAAGCUAUACCCUGGGAAUGAUGUGGACCAAACGGCAAAUACUCACGCACCUGAACAUUUAGGAGUCGGUUCUUUGCUGAAAAAAUACAUAGCUCUCCUAUGUACCCAUAUUGGAGACAUACUUCCUGUCGCAACCAAUAUUGCAUCCGUAUCUCUCAGGCAUUUUGCUGAGGUGUCUCGUAUUGUGGCAGGAGAUCUUACAGGUGUUAUUCUCCCAGAACUUGUGGUAUCUACGGUGCUGCUACUCUGUAAAAAUGCUUGGCUUAUGCAGGAGUCGGGUGCUAUUCCUCUUCUUGCAAGUCUCCUGGAACCAUUGGAUAAAUUCAAUCAUCUGGCACCAGGAAAAGAGAGAGACGACAAUGAGGACUUGGCCUGGCCAGGCAUAUUGGGGUCAUUUUAUAAUGGGCAGAACUCCAGAAACAAUGAGGAGGUGACACUAAUCCGGAAGGCUGACUUGGAGAAUCAUAAUAAGGAUGGAGGCUUUUGGACAGUAAUUGACGGGAAAGUAUAUGACAUCAAGGACUUUCAGGCUCAGUCACUACAAGCAAAUACUAUCCUUGCUCACUUUGCUGGGGAGGACCCAGUAGUUGCCCUUGAAGCUGCUUUGCAGUUUGAAGACACAAGAGAGUCAAUGCAGGCCUUCUGUGUGGGCCAUUAUAUGGAACCAGAUCAAGAAGUUAUUGCAGCACCAGACCUCAGCAGUUUGUCUUCCCCUCUCAUUGAUACUGAGAGAAAUUUGGGUCUGCUUCUUGGACUUCAUGCAUCCUACCUCUCAUUAAGUACCCCACUGGCACCUGUGGAAGUUGAAUGUGCUAAGUGGCUAAGAUCAUCUAUAUUCUCUGGAGGCCUUCAAACCAGCCAGAUUCAUUACAGUUACAAUGAAGAGAAAGAUGAGGACCAUAGCAACUCUCCAGGAAAUACAGCUUCCAACAAAGCCAAACUGUAUGCACAUAAACUUUCUAUGAGUGAUCAUUCUCAACCUUUCCUUCAGGCUAUCGCUGAUAAUAAUACCCAAGAUCACAAUGUUAAGGAAUUCCUCUGCCAGAUUGACAGAUACUGUAAACAGUGCCACUUGACCACACCAAUUACAUUUCCUCCAGAGCAUCCUGUGGAAGAAGUAGGCCGCUUGCUGCUGUGUUGUCUACUGAAACAUGAGGAUUUAGGCAAUAUAGCUUUGUCUCUUGUUCAUCAUGGAGCUCUGAGUGUGGAACAAGUCAAGCACAAGACAUUGCCCAAGUCUGUUGUAGAUGUCUGUCGUGUUGUUUAUCAGGCUAAGUGCUCCCUUAUAAAGACUCAUCAGGAACAAGGGCGAUCUUACAAAGAAGUUUGUGCUCCAGUCAUUGAGCGCUUGAGGUUUUUGUUUAAUGAGCUUCGUCCUGCAGUAUGCAAUGAUCUUUCAAUUGUUUCAAAGCUCAAACUUCUAAGUUCUGUUCCCCGUUGGAAAAGAAUAGUUCAAAAGAUUAUACGUGAAAAACGGAAAAAGAAAGUUCCAAAAAAAUCAGAGUCGGCUGAUGUGGAUGAUACAAAGCUUGGAAAUGAGGAAGGGGAAAUGGAGGAAUCAUGUGUUGUCCCUUCUAGUCCUGUGUCUGUGGAUAAGAAAACUGUUCCUAUAAAAUCACCAAAGGAUAAGUGGCAACCGUUAUUAAGCACUGUGGCUGGCGUUCACAAAUACAAAUGGUUGAAACAUAAUGUGCAGGGUACAUACCCUCAGUCAGCGCUGCUUGGUACUAUCGUAGAAUUUGUACUGAAGGAAGAGCCAGUGGAUGUAGAAAAAAUGAGAAAGUGCUUGUUAAAGCAGUUGGAGAGAGCAGAGGUGCGUCUAGAAGGAAUAGAUACUAUGUUAAAACUUGCAGCAAAAACAUUCUUGCUUCCUUCUGUGCAGUAUGCCAUGUUUUGUGGCUGGCAGAGACUUGCUCCUGAGGGAACCAAUAUAAGUGAACCACUGACUGACUGUUUAAAAGAUGUUGACCUAAUCCCUCCUUUCAACCGCAUGCUGCUGGAGGUAACCUUUGGGAAACUGUAUGCUUGGGCUGUUCAAAACAUAAGGAACACACUGAUGGAUGCAAGCAGCUGUUUCAAAGAAAUGGGUAUCCAGCCUGUUCCCCUACAGACAAUCACUAAUGAAAAUCCUUCUGGACCAAGUCUGGGUACCAUACCACAAGCACGUUUUAUGCUGGUAAUGGUAAAUAUGCUUACAUGCCAACAUGGAGCAAAGAGCCUCAACCUUCUUCUGAACUCUGGAAUGCUGGCACUGACACAGACCAUUUUGAGGCUAAUUGGUCCCAGCUGUGAAAACAGCGAGGAUGAUUCCAGUGUGUGUGUCAUGGGUGCCUCAGCCACUGUACUGGAAGAGUCCAGAAAAGAGACCACACCAGUGCAGCUCCCAGCAUCUGGACCAGAACUAGCUGCUAUGAUGAAAAUUGGUACUAGAGUUAUGAGGGGAGUGGAUUGGAAAUGGGGAGACCAGGAUGGGCCCCCUCCUGGCUUGGGUCGUGUAAUUGGGGAACUGGGAGAAGAUGGCUGGAUAAGGGUUCAGUGGGAUACAGGCAGCACAAAUUCUUACAGAAUGGGAAAAGAAGGGAAAUAUGAUCUAAAACUGACCGAGCCGCCACCAGCUACUCAAGCUAUGGCAGAGGAUUCUGACACAGAAGAUGAUUCAGAAGGAGAGCAAAUUGACAAAAACCUGCACCCUACCUCUUUGAUGCUAAUGAGCACAGUAAAUCUGCUCCAGGCUCUAUGCCUUUCAGCGGGUGUCAAUGCCGAGGUCAUGCAAUCUGAAACAACUAGGACCCUGUGUGGUUUGCUUCGGAUGCUGGUGGAAAGUGGGACCAUGGACAAAACAAGCACUCAGUCUAAUAAACUAGUAUAUAAAGAGCAGCACAAAAGUUGGUGCACACUGGGGUUCAUUAGGAGCAUAGCCAUUAUGCCACAAAUGUGCAGUACACUCAGCAUGCCACAGUGGAUAUCGCUGCUUAUGAAAAUUGUUGAGGGACCAGAAUCAUUUUCUGCUGCUUCUCUACAAAGACAGAUUCUUGCUGUUAGACUUUUACAAGCAGUACUUCCAUCUUGGGACAAAAAUGAAAGAUCAUGUGAUAUGAAAACCCUUGUUGAAAAACUUUUUAGCUUCCUGGGUAGCCUGCUGAGCACUUGUUCUUCUGAUAUUCCUCUUCUUCGUGAAUCUACUUUAAGGAGAAGAAAGGCGCGCCCACAGGCAUCGCUGACUGCUACCCAUAGCAGUACCUUGGCAGAGGAGAUUGUAGCUUUACUUCGCACCCUUCAUUCACUAAAUCAGUGGAAUGGUCUUAUCAACAAAUAUAUCAACUCACAGCUCAACUCUGUCACCAACAUUUUUGAGGGAAAACGCUUUGACAUGACUGUUUUAGAAGAUUAUUUUCCUGACUCCGAGGGUCCUGAAGUGGGCAGUCUCAUGGCAGUACUUGCAGUUAUAGGUGGCAUUGACAGCCGCCUUCGCUUGGGAGGACAAGUUGUGCAAGAUGAGUUUGGAGAAGGCACUGUGACAAGAAUUACUCCUAAGGGAAAAAUCACAGUACAGUUUCAUGAUGUGCGGACAAGUCGUAUUUGUCCUCUAAAUCAGCUCCAUCCAAUGCCUGUAGUGCCAUUUAAUGUGAAUAACUUGCCUUUCACGGAUUCAAUGCUUUCAGUGUGGGCCCAGCUUGUGAACUUGGCAGGAUGUAAGCUAGAAAAGCACAGGCUGAAGAAGUCUAUGAGGCAGGGCCUCACAGACCAAGUGGACUUGGACCGUUUAAGAUGCCAGCAACUAAAACUCUACAUAUUAAAAGCUGGACGGGCACUUCUUUCUCACCAAGACAGAUUACGCCAGAUCUUAUCUCAGCCUUCUGUUCAGGAACCAGGACUGAUUGCAUCUGAUGAGGGAGCUACUGCUUCUCCUGAAAUGGUCGAUAUGUCUCCAGAGGGACCACAGCCACCCAUGAUACUUUUGCAGCAGUUACUGACAGCUGCCACACAGCCUUCUCCAGUAAAGGCUAUAUUUGACAAGCAAGAAUUGGAGGCUGCAGCUCUGGCUGUCUGUCAGUUUUUGGCAGUGGAGUCAACACAUCCAUCAACUCCUCUGUUUGAGGACAUUUGCAGUUCAAGUGAGGCCUCUUCUCCUGUAACAAUGCAGCACAUCCGUCCGGCUAAAGUAAAGAAGCGCAAGCAGUCACCUAUUCCACCGGUUCCUAUUGUGGUGCAACUGAUGGAAAUGGGAUUUCAGAGAAAAAACAUUGAAUUUGCUCUUAAGUCUCUCUCUGGAGCUUCAGGAACUGCCUCAAGUUCUCCAGGAGUGGAGGCUUUGGUUGGUUGGCUCUUGGAUCAUCCUGACAUUCAGAUCGCCGAAUUGUCAGAUGCUGAGACUGCUUCUGAGGAUUCUGAUGAGGAGAUUGUUGAGGAGGUUGAAGAAACUGAGGCUUCUUACCCAAUGGCUAAUGGUGCUGUUGUGACAGAAAGCCAAACCUACAAGAAAAGAGCUGAUUUCUUAAGCAAUGAUGAUUAUGCGGUAUACGUGAGGGAAAAUGUCCAGGUUGGAAUGAUGGUACGAUGUUGUCGUACAUAUGAAGAGGUUUGUGAAGGUGAUGUUGGUAAAGUUAUUAAAUUGGACCGUGAUGGGCUGUAUGACCUUAAUGUCCAGUGUGAUUGGCAGGAAAAAGGUGGAACUUACUGGGUUCGAUACAUCCAUGUUGAGUUACUUGGUUUUCCACCACAGAGUUCACCUUCACACAUUAAGAUUGGAGACAAAGUCCGGGUGAAGGCUUCUGUGACUACACCAAAAUACAAAUGGGGUUCUGUCACACAUAGAAGUGUGGGUGUUGUAAAAGCCUUUAGCGCAAAUGGAAAAGAUGUGAUUGUAGAUUUCCCUCAACAGUCACACUGGACUGGAUUGUUGUCAGAAAUGGAACUGGUCCCAAGCAUUCACGCUGGAGUAACGUGUGAUGGCUGUCAGAUGUUUCCUAUCCAUGGAUCAAGAUUUAAAUGCCGUGUUUGCGAUGAUUUUGAUUUCUGCGACACUUGCUUCAAGAAUCGCAAGCAUAAUGCAAGGCACACAUUUGGGAGAAUAAAUGAACCAGGCCAGUCUCCUGUGUUUUGUGGGCGAUCUGGAAAACAGCUUAAACAGCGACACAGUGGACAGAGAGGGAUGUUACUGGAUGAUUGGUCAAGGAUUGUAAAAAGUUUGACCGUUUCUUCAUCUGUGAAUCAAGCAUCACGUCUAAUUGAUGGUAGUGAUCAAUGCUGGCAGUCGUCUGGGUCACAGGGAAAGCAUUGGAUACGCCUGGAGAUCUUCCCUGAUGUCUUUGUGCAUAGACUAGUGAUGACUGUGGAUCCAGCAGACAGCAGCUACAUGCCAUCUCUAGUGGUGGUGUCAGGUGGAAAUUCACUUAAUAACCUAAUAGAACUGAAGACAAUCAAUAUAAACCCUACAGACUUAAAUGUUGUACUUCUGACUGAUUGUACAGAGUAUCACAGAUAUAUUGAAAUUGCUAUAAAGCAGUGUCGAAGCUCCGGCAUUGAUUGCAAGAUUCACGAACUAAAUUUGGUAGGCCAGAUACGAGCAGAAGAUGAAGAUAUGGCAACUGUUCCUUUCCUUGCAUCAGACAACGAUGAAGAAGAUGAUGAUAAAGCAAGCACUGGCAGUUUUGUUAGAAAGAAGACCGCUGGUUUGGAAUCUACAGCAACAAUCAGAACCAAGGUUUUUGUAUGGGGAUUGAAUGACAAAGAUCAACUGGGAGGACUGAAAGGAUCCAAGAUCAAAGUUCCAUCAUUUUCUGAGACCCUUUCUGCACUGAAUGUUGUACAAGUCGCCGGUGGAUCCAAGAGCCUUUUUGCAGUAACUGCAGAGGGCAAAGUGUAUGCUUGCGGAGAGGCCACCAAUGGAAGAUUGGGCUUAGGCAUUUCUAGUGGCACAGUUCCCAUUCCUCGCCAAAUUACAGCUCUGAGCAACUAUGUGGUAAAGAAAGUUGCUGUUCAUUCAGGUGGAAGACAUGCAACGGCUUUAACUGUGGAUGGUAAAGUUUUUUCCUGGGGAGAAGGUGAUGAUGGCAAACUGGGACAUUUCAGCAGAAUGAAUUGUGAUAAACCACGAUUGAUUGAGGCACUGAAAACCAAACGCAUCAGAGACAUCGCCUGUGGCAGUUCUCACAGUGCUGCCAUUACAUCUAGUGGGGAGCUGUACACAUGGGGUCUUGGAGAAUACGGCCGUCUGGGACAUGGAGACAAUACUACACAACUGAAACCAAAAAUGGUAAAAGUGUUAUUGGGACACAGGGUGAUUCAGGUUGCUUGUGGAAGUAGAGAUGCACAAACUCUGGCACUAACCGAUGAAGGGCUUGUGUUUUCCUGGGGUGAUGGAGAUUUUGGAAAGUUAGGCCGUGGAGGCAGUGAGGGCUGCAACAUUCCUCAGAACAUUGAAAGACUGAACGGGCAGGCUGUCUGUCAGAUUGAAUGUGGAGCUCAGUUUUCUUUGGCACUAACAAAGUCUGGAGUAGUUUGGACAUGGGGAAAAGGUGAUUAUUUUCGGCUUGGCCAUGGGACAGAUGUCCAUGUGAGGAAGCCACAAGUGGUUGAAGGACUAAGAGGAAAGAAGAUAGUUCAUGUGGCAGUUGGAGCCCUCCAUUGCCUUGCUGUAACAGAUGCUGGGCAGGUUUAUGCAUGGGGAGAUAAUGAUCAUGGGCAACAAGGCAAUGGAACAACUACUGUCAACAGGAAGCCUACCCUUGUCCAUGGUUUGGAAGGACAAAAGAUCACACGUGUAGCUUGUGGGUCUUCACACAGUGUGGCCUGGACUACUGUGGAUGUGGCAACACCAUCUGUUCAUGAGCCAGUCCUCUUUCAAACAGCAAGGGAUGCCCUUGGAGCCUCUUACCUUGGUGUACCUUCAGAUUCAGAGUCUUCACCUUCUUCCAGCAACAAAAUCAGUGGGGUCAGUAGCUUAAAACCUAAUCGGCCUUCCCUUGCAAAGAUUCUUCUGUCUAUCGAUGGCAGCCUUGCCAAACAGCAAGCACUCUCACAUAUACUCACUGCAUUACAGAUAAUGUAUGCCAGGGAUGCUGUAGUUGGAGCUCUGAUGCCAGCCAGUAUGAUUGCACCAAUGGAGUGCCCAUCUUUAUCUACUGCCCCUCCAUCAGACAUGUCUGGAACUUCUAGCCCUAUUAAUGGUGAUGAUAUAAUGUUAGCAAUGGACCUGGAAGACAGAUUAAGUCCAAGCCCAUGGCAAGACCGGAAAGGAGAGGUGAAUUCUUCAGAAGAUGCAGUUACCCCUUCUGCUGUAACUCCCUCUGCAUCUGCAGCCUCAUCUAGGCCAUUCAUACCAGUUACAGAUGAUCCUGGAGCAGCUAGUAUAAUUGCAGAGACAAUGACUAAAACAAAAGAGGAUGUGGAAAGCCAAAACAAGGUGACUGGUCCUGAACCCCAGUGCUUGGAUGAAUUCACAAGUUUGCUAGUCCCAGAUGACACACGAGUCAUGGUUGACCUGUUAAAGCUGGCUGUUUCCAAUAGAGCUGGUGAGAAGGGAAAGGAAGUACUGUCAGCUGUACUCUCUGGCAUGGGCACAGCCUAUCCACAGGUUGCUGAUAUGCUUUUGGAGCUGUGUGUCACAGAACUGGAAGAUGUAGCCACAGACUCACAGAGUGGACGCCUCUCCUCACAACCAGUUGUGGUAGAAAGUAGCCACCCUUAUACGGAUGAUACUUCAACUAGUGGCACUGUGAAAAUACCAGGUGCUGAGGGCCUUAGAGUAGAAUUUGACCGCCAGUGUUCUACAGAGCGGCGUCAUGACCCACUCACCAUAAUGGAUGGGGCCAACAGGAUAGUUUCUGUCCGAUCAGGUCGGGAGUGGUCAGACUGGUCUAGUGAACUGCGGAUUCCAGGUGAUGAACUAAAAUGGAAAUUCAUUAGCGAUGGAUCUGUUAAUGGAUGGGGCUGGAGAUUCACUGUUUACCCAAUAAUGCCAGCUGCAGGCCCUAAAGAUCUUCUCUCUGAUCGGUGCAUACUUUCUUGUCCAUCCAUGGAUCUGGUCACCUGUCUACUAGACUUUAGGCUGAAUUUUGCAUCCAACAGGAGUAUUGUUCCCCGCCUGGCUGCUUCCCUUGCAGCUUGUGCUCAGUUAAGUGCUCUGGCUGCAGGUCAUAGAAUGUGGGCUCUUCAGAGGUUGCGGAAACUUUUGACAACAGAGUUUGGGCAAUCAAUCAACAUCAAUAGACUACUUGGUGAUGGAGAAACAGAAACACGUGCAAUGAGCUUUAGUGGCAGUGCUUUAGCUGCCCUGGUCAAGGGCCUUCCUGAAGCCUUGCAGAGACAAUUUGAAUAUGAAGAUCCAAUUGUAAGAGGAGGAAAACAAUUACUUCAUAGUCCUUUCUUUAAGGUGCUAGUGGCCUUAGCUUGUGACCUGGAAUUGGAUACUCUUCCAUGCUGUGCGGAGACCCACAAAUGGGCUUGGUUCAGGAGAUACUGCAUGGCUUCCAGGGUGGCAGUUGCAUUAGACAAGAGAACACCACUUCCUCGCCAGUUUCUAGAUGAGGUGGCCAAGAAAAUACGGGAAUUGAUGGCAGAUAACGAAAAUAUGAAUGCUGGUCAUGAGAGCCAUGACACAUUCAAGAGAGAGCAAGAUGAGCAACUUGUCCAGUGGAUGAACAGACGGCCUGAUGAUUGGACUUUGUCAGCUGGAGGCAGUGGAACAAUUUAUGGCUGGGGUCACAAUCACAGAGGGCAGCUUGGUGGCAUUGAAGGUGCAAAAGUUAAAGUUCCAACACCUUGCGAGGCACUAGCAACCCUCCGGCCAGUGCAGUUAAUUGGGGGAGAGCAAACGCUAUUUGCUGUAACAGCUGAUGGAAAGCUCUAUGCAACUGGAUAUGGAGCAGGUGGAAGGCUGGGAAUUGGCGGCACAGAAUCAGUAUCUACUCCCACACUUCUGGAGUCAAUCCAGCAUGUAUUUAUUAAGAAGGUGGCUGUGAACUCUGGUGGAAAGCAUUGCUUGGCUUUGUCAUCUGAAGGAGAGGUUUAUUCCUGGGGGGAAGCAGAAGAUGGAAAAUUAGGCCAUGGAAACAGAAGCCCUUGUGAUCGUCCUCGUGUUAUCGAGUCUUUGCGGGGAACAGAAGUAGUUGACAUUGCUGCUGGAGGAGCACACAGUGCAUGUAUCACUGCAGCCGGUGAACUGUAUACCUGGGGAAAGGGACGCUAUGGGCGACUUGGUCAUGGAGACAGUGAAGAUCAGUUAAAGCCUAAACUGGUGGAAGCCCUACAAGGAUACCGUGUGAUAGAUAUUGCCUGUGGUAGUGGCGAUGCACAAACUCUUUGUCUGACUGAUGAUGAUACUGUUUGGUCCUGGGGAGAUGGAGACUAUGGGAAACUAGGACGUGGUGGAAGUGACGGUUGCAAAGUUCCCAUGAAAAUUGAUUCUCUUACUGGUGUUGGUGUAACAAAAGUGGAAUGUGGCUCUCAGUUUUCUGUGGCACUGACAAAGUCCGGUGCUGUGUAUACAUGGGGGAAAGGAGAUUAUCAUCGUUUAGGUCACGGAUCUGAUGACCAUGUAAGGAGACCACGUCAAGUCCAAGGACUACAGGGGAAGAAAGUUAUUGCCAUUGCCACUGGAUCAUUGCACUGUGUUUGCUGCACAGAGGAUGGAGAAGUUUAUACAUGGGGUGAUAAUGAUGAAGGACAACUUGGAGAUGGAACAACCAAUGCCAUUCAAAGGCCAAGGCUAGUUGCUGCACUGCAGGGUAAAAAAAUCAACAGAGUUGCUUGUGGGUCUGCGCACACGUUGGCCUGGUCAACAAGUAAGCCUGCUAAUGCUGGCAAGCUUCCUUCCCAGGUUCCAAUGGAAUAUAACCACCUACAGGAGAUCAUGAUAAUAGCAUUGAGAAAUAGAUUGCUUUUAUUGCACCAUAUCUCAGAGCUAUUUUGUCCAUGCAUCCCUAUGUUUGACUUGGAGGGGCGGCUUGAUGAGUCUGGACAGGGUCCUUCCAUUGGGUUUGAUACGUUACGUGGAAUUCUCAUUUCACAAGGAAAGGAGGCAGCCUUUCGCAAGGUUGUUCAAGCCACUAUGGUUCGGGAUCGGCAGCACGGUCCUGUGGUUGAGUUAAAUAGGAUACAGGUUAAGCGUUCAAGAAGCAAAGGAGGACUGGCAGGGCCUGAUGGUACAAAAUCUGUCUUUGGCCAAAUGUGUGCAAAAAUGGCUUCCUUCAGUCCUGACAGCCUACUGCUACCUCAUCGAGUCUGGAAGGUCAAAUUUGUUGGUGAGUCUGUUGAUGACUGUGGUGGAGGCUACAGUGAAUCAAUUGCAGAAAUGUGUGAAGAACUUCAGAAUGGACUAACACCUCUACUUAUUGUAACUCCAAAUGGGAGGGAUGAGUCUGGGGCUAAUAGGGACUGCUUUCUCCUGAACCCAGCUGCCAAGACUACUCUUCACAUGAAUAUGUUCCGUUUUCUGGGUGUGCUCCUUGGAAUUGCAAUUCGAACUGGGAGUCCUCUGAGCCUUAAUCUUGCUGAACCAGUGUGGAAGCAGCUGGCAGGCAUGAAUUUAACAAUUGCUGACCUUAGUGAAGUGGAUAAAGAUUUCAUCCCUGGGCUUAUGUAUAUUAGAGAUAAUGAGGCCACAUCUGAGGAGUUUGAAGCAAUGAUUCUCCCUUUCACCGUUCCAAGCGCAAGUGGGCAAGACAUACAGCUGAGCUCUAAGCACACCCACAUUACAUUAGACAAUCGUGCAGAAUAUGUGAGGCUGGCAAUUGGCUACAGAUUGCAUGAGUUUGAUGAGCAAGUUGCAGCAGUUCGAGAAGGGAUGGCACGUGUUGUUCCUGUUCCACUCUUAUCACUGUUUACUGGCUAUGAACUUGAAACUAUGGUCUGUGGCAGCCCUGAUAUUCCACUUCAUUUGCUGAAAUCUGUAGCCACCUACAAAGGUAUUGAGCCAACUGCAUCCCUCAUCCAGUGGUUUUGGGAUGUAAUGGAGUCUUUUUCCAACACUGAGCGUUCUCUUUUCCUCCGGUUUGUGUGGGGAAGAACCAGACUACCACGUACUAUAGCAGACUUCAGAGGAAGGGAUUUUGUUAUUCAGGUUUUGGAUAAGUACAAUCCUCCAGAUCACUUCCUACCAGAAUCCUACACGUGCUUCUUUCUGCUGAAGCUCCCUAGAUACUCUUGCAAGCAGGUCCUGGAGGAAAAAUUAAAAUACGCCAUUCACUUUUGUAAGUCCAUAGACACGGACGACUACGCGCGGAUUGCACUAACUGGCGAGCCCGCAGCCGAUGACAGCAGUGACGACUCCGAUAAUGAAGAUGCAGAUUCUUUUGCAUCAGAUUCCACCCAAGACUACCUAACUGGACACUAAAUGAAGAGAGCAGCUGUAGGCUCUCAUGCACUGAGAACCCCCCCACCCCCCGGCAUUAGAAGGGAAAUAGGCAAUCCAAAGUUAGUAGUGAAACAUACAGGAAUAUGUAAAGAGACUUUAUGUGAAUUCUGUGAACUUUUUUUUUUGUCUAUAAAUAAUUGAUUGCCUAUUCCUAAAUAUGCUGCACUGCGUCUAUAUAGUGUUUUAUUAAAUGUGUUGUAAAUGUUUAUAAAAAGUGCAGCGUCACAGGCAAAUAAGGGCAUACAGCCUGUACAUGUGAGUGCAAUAGUCCCCCCCAUCCCCCCCGAAUGUAUUGUAUUAUUGUAUUCUAUGGAUUUUCUUAAGUGUGAAUAACAGUCCUGUGCAGAACAGAAUAGUAUUAAUAUUUCACUUCCUAGCACACUGCUAGUUUCAAAGAGCUUAUCAGUAUUUCUUAAAUGGCAAGCUCACCUUUAAAUUAACUUUCGGUAUGUUAUAGAUCAGCCUAUUCCUAGCAUCUCGUUUUCUAGGAAUUAAAUUGUUUACAUCAUGCUGAAAGUUAAUUUAUGGGGAACGGCUCCUUUAAUGUUACAAUGACAUGAAGCAGAAGAGAAUUCCUUGUGUCUUAAAUUCACAGUCUUUAACAUGAGGCUCUACAGCUGCUGUUAUACUACAAUUCCCAGCAUCCCAAAGCAAGCCAAUGGCAGUUACUGUUUAGCAGCAGCCGGGGAGGAUUAAGUAAAAGAUCUGUGUCCUACAUAGCCCUAUCUGUAUAUUUCAGCUUAGAUUCAGUGGUCUUCUGCCACAACUGUUACUUUUCAUGGAAAUUGUAUAUAACUGAUUAGUGCCACUAUACAUAUAUAUAUAUAUAUAUGCAAAUAAUGUCUCCCUGAAUAAACUGUCAAACAGUGUGGAUUUUCUUUGA